AUGUUUAGUUGGUUUUUCCGUAAAAGUACUCCAGUUGAAUUAAGAACUGCAUUUGUUGAUGAUCACACAUGGGUUGCCGAAUUGAAUUCUGGUGAUCAACUUCAAACAGUUAAAGAGUUGUUUGCAUCUACAUUUGAUUCAGACAAUUUUGUUGUUAUUGAUGAAGAUAAGUCAGUUACUGCUUUGUUGAGUGGAGAUGAAAGAUGUCAAUGCACAUUAACAUUUGGAUAUAAUGGAGAUAAUAGAAGAAUUGCGGUAAUUUCAUACAUUGAUUCAGAAGAUGAAGAUAUUGUUAAACCAACGAUCAACGCUUUUGCAUUAGAGAUGGAGAAUUAUUCAUUACUAUUUGAACAACCAAUUAAAGAACAAAAACCAAUUGAAAACUGUAUGGUUCCAAUGAAAGAAGUUAUCUAUGAAAGAGAUAUUAUUAUUGACGAAGAUGGAAGUUCAAUAAGUGUAAUGUUAAGAGAGAAUGUUGACCUUAAGAAGAUGCUAAGUAAAAUUGGAAAAUUGGCUAAAGACAAAUAUCUUCUUGAAGCUAAAACUGGUAAUGGUAAAUUAGAGUUCUGUGAAAAAGGAAAUGAAACGUUUAAAAUUAUUGUCCAAAUUGGUAGAAAUAAUGACAAACAACGUGUUAUGGCAUUAACCGCAAGUGAGAAGAGAGUGUAUUGGAAAGAAUUCACUGAAGCAAUUGUUAGUUUGUUAAUGAAAGGAAAGUGUCUUAGCAGUUAUGCCGUCACUGCUACACUAAGAAAGAACUUACGUAAUACUGCUAAGCCUAUUACUAAUGCCACUGAAGAUAAACAACCAAAAGAAGAAAAGAAAGAAGAAGUCCAUAUUAAUAUUGAAACUACUCCUAAAGAAGAAAAGAAAGAAGAGGUAAAAGAAGAAAAGAAAGAAGAAGUAAAAGAAGAAAAGAAAGAAGAAGUUGUUCAAAUUCCUAUUGAGCAGAAAUAA